UUUUUACUGAGUUAUUUUUCUCAAGGAACUUUUCCUCCAAGUCAUCUUCCCAUUGUGGACACUCCACAGACCACAACCAAAAUUUCCAUCUCCAGGCGGCCACAUUCCAAUACCCAAGUACUCGCCUACUCUUGUUCUUCACUCUUCUUCACUGGGUUUAACAAAGGGUUUUACUUUUCAUACUUAAAUUCUUUAUAUAUAUAUAUAUAAAAAAAAUUCAACCAUGGGAGCUAAUUCUUCAUCAUCAUCAUCUCAAAACCCUAACUCUCAGAACCUUUCCGAACCCACAACACCCACUUCUUUCUCUGCUUCAUACAUGUCUUCACCUUCCCAAAAUCCACAAAACCCAGAUCCCAAAACCAACGAAAAUCAAAACCCAGAUCCCAAUAUCCCAGAAAAUCAAAACCCAGAAAUCUCAAAUCAACCCAACAACCCAGAUCAAAAGGGUCAAACCAACGAUGAGGAGAGAGAAAAUGGCGGCGAAGAAGAAGAGGAGGAAGGUGAGUGUGGAUUCUGCUUGUUCAUGAAAGGUGGAGGUUGCAAGGAUGCAUUUAUAGCUUGGGAGGAAUGUGUAGAAGCAUCAGAGAAAAAUAAUGAAGAUAUUGUUGAGAAAUGUUUUGAAGUUACUGGAAAUUUGAAGAAAUGUAUGGAAGCUCAUUCAGAGUAUUAUGAACCUAUUUUAAGGGCAGAAAAAGCGGCUGAAGAAGAGGUUAAACAAGAGAUGGAGCGAGAGAAUGACCAGCAAAAUUCUGCUUCAGAGGAAAUUGAGCAAAAAGCAGAGAUUGAAGUUCAAAAAGAGGGUUAGUUUAAGGGUUUUGUUAAUUUUUUAAAAAAACCCAAAUUUUUGUUGUCAAAUUGUUAUACAGAAAUUUGAUUGGUAGCUCUAAAGAUUGGAGAUUUCUGUUUUUGGGUUUAGGUGUAGGAAGCAAUUCCUGUAAUUUAGGUAAUUCAGGCAAAUUUUGAGAUAUUUGAGUUUUAUAGAAUCAUGUGGCAUUAAGAUUUUCUACUUGGUAGAGAUUAAUUUGCUGAUAAUUAAUAAGCAGAUACUGAUUUUGUCCUGGGACAAAUCAUAUACAUUUUUAUGUCCAAUUUCUGUGAUUUUUCAUGGAAUUUUAACUCAAAUUAUUUA